AUGCGUAAAAUAUUGACAUUUUUUGGUAUGUUAUUGUUGAUAGCUGAAAUGUUUGAUGAUAAUAAUUGUGUACGAGCGCUAAUGCCAUAUCCGUAUUUUCGAAAUCAACGCUAUCAACCAUUCAGGGGAAAAUUACAACCGCCUUUAUUACUUAUUCGUACUCUACCAAUCGCUGCUAUGGAUCAUUACCUGAAAGGAACAGUGUUAACGGCACAGAAACGAUCUCAACCGGAUAAUGAUUUCGAUUAUGUCGACGAAUUCGACCCAACACAAAUAUUCCUGUGA